AUGGCACUCAGAAGACACAUGAAGAACUUUGUGAAAAAUUAUUCUGAAGCCGAGAUAAAAGUCAGAGAAGCAACGUCUAACGAUCCUUGGGGUCCCUCCAGUUCUUUGAUGUUAGAGAUAAGUGACUUAACAUACAACAGAGUUUCUUUUUCUGAAAUUAUGAGCAUGAUAUGGCACAGGAUGAAUGAUCACGGUAAGAACUGGAGGCAUGUGUACAAGUCUCUCACACUCUUGGAUUAUCUCCUCAAGAAUGGAUCAAAGAAAGUCAUACAGCAUUGUCAGGAGGGAUCUUAUAACAUUAAGAUGUUAAAGGAUUUCCGUCAUAUAGAUGAGGCUGGAAAGGAUCAAGGUUUUUAUGUAAGGGAGAAGUCUAAACAAGUUAUUGCCUUAUUAACAGAUGAACAUCUGCUGCAUAAUGAACGUGAAAUAGCACAUCGCACUAGGCAGCGCACUUCCUAUGCAACGCUUUUCCCUCCAAAGACUUCUGGCAAAACUUGUUCAUCAGCAAUACCUGCCUCAGAUUCCACUUCAGAGUUCCCUCCUUCAGAAAAUGUCCCAUCACACGGAGGUGCGCCGUCAGGACACCGUCGGGAAGCCAAGCCGGCGUCCCAGGGCUGUGCUGCCAAUGGCAACACAGAGACCAGUGUCCGCACCCCAAUGCCAGCAUCUGUGCAGGUUGUGGUGGUGCAAGUGGCCCGGACGCCGGCGCCAGUGGCCCGGAUGCUGGCACGAGCCCUUGACCUGAUUGUCUUUAGCGAGGAUGAACCUUCUACUUUUGUGAUGCAAUCAACAUUUCCUACCAGGGUCUCCAAAGACGAACCGGCCACGGAUAAAAAAACAGCUACCAGCAACCCCCGGAAAGCAAAAACUGCUUUGAGCCCUUCUGAAAGGUUACCCGCACCAAAGUGGGGCUCAAGCAAGAAAUCAAAGAGUUCUGCUGUCUCCAGAGUUCUUCUGAAAGUUCCUCCCAAGGAGGAGACCAGUGUACACAAAGUUACAAAGAUUUUAUUUGAUCUUUGGUCAUCACCUCCAGAAGAGUUUAUCACUAUUAACAAACAGGUUUCAAAGCCGGAUGUCAUUCGCUGUAGCAGUGAGCCUUCUGUUGAGACCAUCUACCGGUCUCCAAUACUUCAAGCCUUUCAUCCUUCGAGAAACAGCGCAGAAAACACCACAAAAUCAACUCCAGCUUCUUCCACGCAGUCCUGUGGGCCUUAUAUGUCUAGCCUACAAAACCUUGACUUCUCAGUACAGGGAACUGCACAGACAGCGGGCUUAAACAGUCAUCCCUCCCCAAGGCCAGAUCUCAAGGAAAGGAUUGCACAUUCCUUUUCUCAGGCAUCUGAUGUAGAUGAAAACGAGACCACUAGCACCUUAAGUCUCCUUCCAGGUAAUUCAAAGUGUUCGGUCAAAAAAGUGAGUAGUUUUAGAAGUAGAACUUGCCAUUCUUCUGGUGGGAGCUUGGUAAAGAGUCUGAUGCACAAUAUACCUUCAGUGCCUAAUCCUGGCCUGCCUGCUGCAGAAAAUCUUCCUAAUGCAGACUAUGUGAAUUCUGAACAAAAAGGCAUGGCUAUUCUGGGAGAGAUUAAAAAUGAAGUGUGCGGACUGAGAGCGGACUUCUGCAGUGCAGCGCAGGAUCUGCAGAUCAUCAGAAGGGAGCUGACAACUAUGACGAUUUCCAUGCAAAAGAUGACUGCUCCCCAGACUGCUCAAGGUGCUUCUGGCCAAAAGUAA